AUGCCAUCCACUCCUGGCAGGACCCCUGUGCUCCUCCUCUCUAGCUGGCGCUUGGGCUCCACCUUCUCCAGCCAGCUCUUCAGCCAGCAUCCCAACGUCUUCCACGUGAUGGAGCUGGCCAAGCAUAUUUUCCACCGCCUGCCCAGAGGCAGCCUAGAGCUGCUGCAGGUCCUUCCUGUGAUGUAUGGCAGAGGGGCAUGGGAAGAUGGAAACCAAAGCUCCUUGGGGGAAUUCAUCCUGCUAGGGGUGUCUGACAGGCCACAGUUGGAGCUGCUGCUCUUUGUGCUCAUCUUAAUCUCCUACAGCAUGACCUUGCUUGGAAACACCACCAUCAUCAUGGUCUCAUGGCUAGACCCCCAUCUCCACACGCCCAUGUAUUUCUUCCUCAGCAACCUCUCUUUCCUGGAUCUCUGCUACACCACCAGCGUUGGCCCCCAGAUGCUGCUGAAUUUCCAUAGCAGCCACAAAUCCAUCUCUUGGGCUGGCUGCGUGGCCCAGCUCUACAUCUCCCUCUCGCUGGGCUGCACUGAGUGCCUCCUGCUUGCCAUCAUGGCCUACGACCGCUACGCUGCCAUCUGCCAGCCGCUGCGCUACACACACAUCAUGAGCCGCCGCCUCUGCCUACAGCUGGCAGCCACCGCCUGGUUGUGCAGCUUUGGCAACUCCAUGCUGCAGACCAUCCUGACCCUGAGGCUGCCCCGGUGUGGGCGGAACCAAAUCAAGCACCUCUUCUGCGAGGUACCAGCCCUGCUCAAGCUGGCCUGUGUCGACAUCUCUGCCAAUGAGGCCGAGCUCCUCGCCAGUGCAGUGAUUUUCCUGCUGGUUCCACUGGGCCUCAUCCUGGUCUCCUACGGCUACAUUGGCGCAGCCGUGCUGAAGAUUCGCUCGUCGAAAGGCAGGCUCAAGGCUUUCAACACCUGCGCCUCCCACCUAGCCGUGGUGUCGCUCUUUUAUGGCACGGGCAUUUCCAUGUAUCUACAGCCUCCGUCCAGCUACUCCCAGCACCGGGGCACGAUGGUAUCCCUCUUCUACACAAUGGUGACCCCUAUGCUCAACCCUCUCAUCUACACACUGAGGAACAAGGAGGUGCACAGGGCCCUGCAGAGGGCACUGAGGAGAAACGUGACCACCUAG